GCCGGGGCGCGGGAUGUCGGGCGGGGAGGAGGCCGAGGCCGAGCCGGGGGCCGGAGGGGCGAUCCCCGCCGCCCCGUCCCCGCCGGCAGAGGAAGGGGACACGCGGCAGCGCUACGAGGAACUCUGCAGCAGCCUCAACAUGGACGAGCGCGCCCGCUCCGAGGCCUGGCUCAGCUACCAGAGCAUGAAGCGCAACUACACGCUGGAGGGCAACGAGCUGCACUGGCUGGCGUGUGCCCUCUAUGUGGCCUGCAGGAAAGCCAUCCCAACAGUCAGCAGGGGGACGGUUGAGGGAAAUUACGUAUCCCUGACCCGCAUUUUGCGCUGCUUCGAACAAAGCUUGAUUGAGUUUUUUAACAAGAUGAAGAAAUGGGAAGACAUGGCAAACCUGCCCUCCCAGUUCCGAGAAAGGACUGAAAGACUGGAGAGAAACUUUACGGUUUCUGCAGUAAUUUUUAAGAAGUACGAGCCCAUUUUUCAGGACAUUUUCAGAUACCCUCAGGAAGAUCAACCCCGUCAACAGAGAGGAAGAAAACAGAGGCGACAGCCGUGCACAGUGACUGAAGUUUUCCAGUUUUGUUGGGUGCUGUUUGUUCAUGCAAAAGGUAAUUUUCCCAUGAUCAGUGAUGACUUGGUCAAUUCCUAUCAUCUCUUGUUGUGCGCUUUGGAUCUAGUGUAUGGAAAUGCUCUCCAGUGCCCUAACCACAAAGAACUUCUGAAUCCCAAUUUUAAAGGUCUGCCUGAAGACUUUCAUAGUAAGGAUUAUAAAGUAUCAUCUGAUCCUCCCUGCAUCAUUGAAAAGCUGUGUUCGUUACAUUACGGAUUAGUUUUAGAAGCAAAAGGCAUAAAGGAGCAUUUUUGGAAGCCGUACAUUCGGAAACUUUUUGACAAGAAGCUUUUAAAAGGAAAAGAUGAAAAUCUGACCGGAUUUCUAGAUCCUGGAAACUUUGGAGAUAGCUUCAAAGCCAUCAACAAGGCCUAUGAGGAGUACGUUUUGUCAGUAGGAAAUCUUGAUGAGCGAAUAUUUCUCGGGGAAGAUGCAGAUGAAGAAAUUGGAACUCUCACACGGUGCUUAAAUACACCCUCAGGAAUGGAAACAGCUGAGCGAGUGCAAGUGAAGCAUAAUUUACAGCAGCACUUUGACAGAUCUAAAUCACCUCGGGUGACGACCCCCCUCACGGGCCGCAAGUACAUUAAGGAGAGCAACCCCUAUGUGACGCCUGUUUCCAUCGCAACAUACAGCUUGAGCCGCCUUCACACCAUGCUGGCAGGGCUGAAAAAUGCCCCCAGUGAAAAUCUGGAGCAAAUCUUCAGGGCAUGUUCCAGAGAUCCUUCACAGUCUAUUGCAAGCAGAGUAAAAGAAAUGUAUGAAGUAUACUGCCAGAGCAUGCAGGCUGAAGAAGAAUUCAGUAAUUUGUCCAAAGAUGUGGCCAGCAAGCAUUUUCGUCGUGCUGAGGUACUCUACUACAAGGUUUUGGAGUCGGUCAUUGAGCAAGAGAGGAGGAGACUGGGAGACACUGACUUAUCAGCAGUACUGGAACAAGAUGUGUUUCAUCGCUCUCUGCUGGCUUGCUGCCUUGAGAUCGUCACCUUUACAUAUAAGCUACCUGGAAGCUUUCCCUUCAUCACUGAAAUAUUUGACAUUCCAGUUUAUCACUUUUAUAAGGUAAUUGAGGUUUUCAUUAGAGCAGAAGAUGGCCUUUGUCGGGAAGUUGUAAAACACCUUAAUCAUAUUGAAGAACAGAUCUUGGAAAGCAUGGCCUGGAAACAGGAGUCCAUAUUGUGGGACAGAAUCAGAGAUAAUGACAACAAAGUUCCUAGCUGUGAAGAGGUCAUGCCACCUCAGUAUUUUGAGAGAUCUGCUGCCAACAGUGUUGUGGGUUCUCCAUUGACACCAAGACGACUAAAUGAGGUCCGAGCUGAAAGUGGAGGCCUGGGAAAAGGCAUUUCAUCUUCUCCUACUACACUGUAUGACAGAUACAGUUCUCCUACAGCCCAUCCUACAAGGAGAAGGCUGUUUGUUGAUAAUGAUAAUACCUCUGACAAUGGAACUCCAGUCAGAGUUUCCCAGCAGCCCGUGGUAAAUACGGUGCCUGUGCAGAAUGUAAAUCCUGAAGCAGUAUCAGUAACUCCAGUGCCGGGCCAGACAUUGGUUACAGUAGCAACCGCCACCGUAACAGCCAAUAACGGGCAAACUGUGACCAUACCUGUACAAGGUAUCGCCAAUGAAAAUGGAGGAAUAACUUUCUUCCCAGUGCAGGUAAAUGUAGGGGCCCAGCCUCAAGCUGUCUCUGGCUCCAUUCAGCCUCUCAGCGCCCAGGCUCUCACAGGCACCCUGAGCACUCAGAUGUCGGGGGCAACACUGCAGCUCCCAGGACAGGUCACUGUUCAGCACAUCACCUCUGGAGAGCCAAGACCAGCCCAGCAGCUCACUGCUGCCACAGCCACCAGGUCUCGGAAGAUGGGCUCGCUUUCCCUCUUCUUUAGAAAGGUGUAUCAUUUAGCUAGUGUUCGUCUGCGGGAUCUCUCUGUCAAAUUGGAUAUAUCUGAUGAGCUGCGGAAAAAAGUCUGGACAUGUUUUGAGUAUUCCUUGAUGCACUGCCCUGAAAUCAUGAUGGACAGACAUCUGGAUCAGCUGCUGAUGUGUGCUAUCUACGUAAUGGCGAAGGUUACAAAGGAAGACAGGUCGUUCCAGAACAUUAUGCGCUGCUACCGGACACAACCACAAGCCAAGAGCCACGUGUAUCGGAGUGUCCUGAUAAAAGGCAGGAGACGCCGCCGCCAGUCUGGCAGCAGCGAUAGCAGCAGCCAGCAGAACUCACCUACAGGCAGAAGUAAGGAGAGAAGUAAAGAAAGAACCAGCAGAGACUCCAGCCCUGUGAUGCGCUCCAGCAGCACCCUGCCCGUGCCACACCCCAGCAGUGCUCCUCCUACUCCCACGCGCCUGACGGGUGCAAACAGUGAUACGGAGGAGGAAGAGCGAGGAGACCUCAUACAGUUCUACAACAGCAUCUACAUUGAGCAGAUUAAAGAAUUUGCCCUGAAAUACACUUCAAGUGGGACGGACACUCCUCCACUCUCACCCUACCCCUCUGUGAGGAUUAGCUCUCCUCGCAGAGUACAGCUGUCUCAGAACCACGCGGUGUACAUCUCGCCACACAAAAAUGUGUCUGCUCUCUCUCAUCGAGAGAAAAUAUUCUAUUAUUUCAGCAGCAGCCCAUCUAAGAGGCUAAAGGAAAUUAACAGCAUGAUCAGAACAGGAGAGACUCCAACAAAGAAGAGAGGCAUUCUCUUAGAAGAAGAUAGCGAAGCACCAGCUAAGCGGAUCUGUCAGGAAAACCACACUGCUCUGUUACGCCGCCUGCAAGACGUAGCCAACGACAGAGGGUCCCUCUGCCUGCGAGAGCUUCUGCAGUGCCAGAGAGGAUGCGUUCUGUACUCUGCAGCUCCACUCUGCCUGUUGUAAAGCUGAGCAGAAGGCAAGUGACCUACCUGCAGGCUUUGGCUUCAGAAGGCAGUUCAAAGUUUUUUAUUGCUUGAAGAACGCAUCCCUAAUACAGCUUUCUACCUUGCAACAGGUAUUUAAAUCCAUUUGCUCAACCAGUCUACUUACAGUGUUUUCAUCAAUGCUUGACCAUUUUCAGCUUUGGAAUAGGAAGUUGCAUAUGUAUCAAACAUGGGAGCAUUGUACCGAGGCACUCAUAGUCAAAUGUGUCCUUUGGGGAAAAAAAAAAAAGGAAAAAAAACAUUAAUGACUGCCAUAAAAAUAAUGAUGUAUAAGUAAUAGUCUAGCAACAUCCAGCCUUUUCUGCUUGGAAAAGGAAGACAGGAAUUAGCUUUCUGAGCGCUGAAGGAAGCUAUCUGAAUGGAUUCUGUAUGCAUUCAGGAUGCUUUGUGUGCCCCAAAAUCCAUCACGUUGCUUUGCUUUAACAUUUGGGCACCUUGCUGUAUAGAAGUAGCUACAUCCAUUUACACAUUGUUUUUAGCUGUGCAAUGUUUUAAAGUGAACUCAUGUUCAAAAGGUGGCACUUUUGAUAGGGCUGUGAAGCAUCGGUUUUAAGGCAGAUUAGUUUUGCUGUAUAUUUGCAAUGGCACUUUCUAAAUGUGAAUAUCUUUUUCAAGGCUGACUUCAGCCGUUUUUCUUAAUGGAAGCAAUCCAAUUUUUGUAUUUAUUUUCAAAUUGACAUCCCACAACUCCCCUUCCUUAGCAAAUGGCAUUAAGAAUUCAUUUUAAUGUUACGUGCAUGCAGUAACGAAUGCAGGAGGCCAAGGAUAUGGGCUUUGGUCAAGGAAUUUUAUAUGCUUGUGUUGUUUCUUCAGAUUGCUCUGCUUGAGAGUCAGGAACCGGCCCUCACUUCCUCAGUAGAAGGAAGGUGGCCUCAAUCUCUUGAAGAUGCACACUGUGCUUUUGGAGUGGUUUUUAAGGACAGGAGAGGUUUUUGGGCUUUUUUAACGGACAUAAUCAGGCUGCCUGGGAGAAAUCUCUCCCCUACUAAUGAUAUAAGAAAGCAAUGCAUAUAUUAAUUAGACCUAUAAUUGUUUUCAUUUAAAUUAAUUCUGAAAUACCAACCUUGUUGGUAUGCUUAGACCUUUCCUACUAACCAGUGCCCUAUGCCAGUUUACUCAUGUUUAAUGACAACUGGGGACAAUGUUGUUGUUCUUAUAAAAUUUAGCACACACAGGUGCUAGAAGGUUUUAUAAGGAAGCAGAACUUAAAAGCUCAAUAUUCUCAUUCAUUCCUGCUCCUUUGAAUAAUGGGAAGAUUUAGGAUUUAAUUACACAGUAAAAUCAAUUAAGGUAAAAUAAAAGCAUCUUUUGUUCUUACCUGUGUAAGAAGGGCUGAAGUCGAGCAGUGGUGUAAUGUUUCUGUAAAAAUAUUUAUGAACUUGUCAGACAAUUCUUGUUAUUCUGUACCAUUUACAUUCAUUUGUAUGAAAAUAUUGCAAGUGUAUUUUUCAAUAAAGAACUCAUAAUAAGG